AUGGCGGACAAGCUAGAGACACAGCCUCCCGAGGUGACCGUUUACGAGCUCAGCUACCCGGCGCCGUAUGUGCUCCUGGUGACCAUUAACCGUGAAAGGUCGAUGAAUGCCAUCCACACAGACGGCCACUACGAGGGCGAGCGGCUCUUCCAGUGGUUCGACGACGAGCCCUCGCUGCGCGUCGCCGUAAUUACCGGCAAGGGGAAAAAGGCCUUUUGCGCCGGCCAGGAUCUCAAGAUGCUGAUGGAGCGGCAGCUCUCGGGCGAGCAGUCCAACGUGCCCGCGCUGCCGGCGACGGGCUUUGGCGGUCUCAGCAGACGCCUCGGCAAGAAGCCGGUGAUUGCCGCCGUGAAUGGCCUGGCUCUCGGCGGCGGUUUCGAGCUGGCGCUGAACUGGUACGUGACCAUUUUACCCGGCCCGUGUCAAGGACCAGUUGUUUCUAAUAACGCGUGUGAACAUAGCGACAUGGUAGUCGCCUCCCCGACGGCGACGUUUGGCCUGCCCGAGGUGAAGCGCGGUGUAUGGGCCGGCGCGGGCGGCAUCCCGCGCGUGGUGCGCAUCUUUGGCAUGCAGCUGGCGUCGGAGAUUGUGCUCGCGGCGCGCACGCUCACGGCCGAGGAGGUCAAGCACCACGGCUUUGCGCGCAUCGCCGCCUCGCAGGACACCGUGGUGCCCGAGGCCGUGGCGCUGGCCACGCAGAUUACAGAGGCGUCGCCCGACGCCAUCAUCAUGAGCCGGGCGGGACUGCGCGAGGCGUGGGAGACGGCCAGCGUGGAGCGAGCGGCGCAGAUUAUGGACGAGAGGUAUAUGCGCCAGCUGGUCAAUGGUGAGAAUAUCAAGCUGGGCUUGAUGGCGUUUGUGGGCAAGGAGAAGCCGCAGUGGGUGCCAUCCAAGAUGUAG